CGCGGCAUGGCGCAGGCAGUGAUGAAGUUUGCGGCAGUGCUCCGAGCGGUAUGCACCCUGGGAGUGGGCAGGGCACUCACGGAGCGCCCUCUUCAAGUGAGGAGGAGGGGAGGAGGAGGAGGAGGAGGAGGGGAGGAGGAGAUCCAGGACGCCCUGGACCGAGCGGGCGCACGGCCCCAUGCUGGCACGGGCCGCGGCUCCCUGGCACCGUCCCGGGGCCCAGCCGUGGGGCUCCCGGGGGCCCAGGCCACCCCUCCGAGGGGCGAGAGCCCACGCGGGAGCGCCACCGCAUCUCAAGCUUAA